AUGGCAGCAUCCCGCGCCGCCGUCGACCUCUCCAAAGAGCUCUGCGCCGCCGUCAUCAAAUCCACCUUCCGGCCCAACCUCCACCUCGCGCUCCACGCCGCCGUGCCGUCCCUUCUCACCGCCGUCCUCCACCGCCUCUCCCCGCUCCCCUCCGCCGCGCUCGCCUUCUUCCGCGCGCUGCCGCCGCCGCACCCGCUGGACGCCUCGCUCGCCCUCCUCCGCCUCCUGGCGCCGCACCCGCGCCACCACCCCGCCGCGCGGGCCCUCCUCCGGGACCUCUCCCUCCGCCACCCGCUCUCCUCCCCGCUCGUCCUCCCCUCCCUCCUCGCCGCCGCCGCCGACCCCCGCGUUCCCAGCUGGCUCGUCGUCGUCCUCGCCCAGUCCGCGCGCGCCCACGACGCCGUACGGGUGUUCGACCAGAUGCGCGCGCGCGGCCUCGCCCCCGACGCCCACGCCUGCACCGCGCUCCUCACCGCGCUCGCCAGGGCCCGGAUGACGGCCACCGCGCGCAGGGUGUUCGACGAAAUGUCCAGGGCCGGGCUCGCCGUCAGCACGCACGUCUACAACGCCAUGCUGCACGUGUGCCUCAAGGCCGGGGACGCCGCGCGCGCCGAGGCGCUCGUCACCAGGAUGGACGCGGCUGGCGUGCCCUUGGACCGAUUCUCCUAUAACACCGUCAUAGCGCUCUACUGCAGGAAGGGGAUGAGGUACGAGGCCAUGUGCGUGCGGGACCGCAUGGACAAGGAGGGGAUACGGGCGGACACCGUCACAUGGAACUCCUUGAUCCAUGGCUUGUGCAAGGAUGGCAGGGUGAAGGAGGCGGCUCAGCUCUUUGCAGAGAUGGUAGCGGCACAGGCAACACCGGACAAUGUGACCUACACCACACUGAUUGAUGGGUACUGUCGUGCGGGCAAUAUUGAGGAGGCGGUCAAGCUCCGAAGCGAGAUGGAGGCGACGGGCAUGCUCCCAGGUGUCGCGACUUACAAUGCCAUUCUCAGGAAGCUCUGUGAGGAUGGCAAGAUGAAGGAAGUUAAUCAGUUGCUUAACGAGAUGGACGAGAGGAAGGUGCAGGCUGAUCAUGUGACCUGCAACACGCUGAUCAACGCGUACUGCAAGAGAGGGGACAUGACCUCGGCAUGCAAGGUCAAGAAAAAGAUGAUGGAGUCUGGGCUGCAGCUCAAUCAGUUCACUUACAAGGCUCUCAUCCAUGGAUUCUGCAAGGCCAAGGAGCUCGAUGAAGCCAAGGAAGCCUUCUUUCAGAUGGUCGAUGCAGGGUUUUCACCCAAUUAUAGUGUAUUUUCAUGGCUUGUCGAUGGUUUCUGCAAGAAGAACAAUGCAGAUGCAGUGCUAGUCAUCCCCUAUGAACUUAUGAAAAGAGGUCUUCCACCAGAUAAAGCAGUAUAUAGAUCUCUGAUUCGAAGGCUUUGCAGAAAAGGGAUGGUUGAUCAGGCACAAAAAGUAUUCGACCAGAUGCAAGGCAAAGGCUUAGUUGGUGACAGCCUUGUAUACACCACACUUGCAUACACGUAUCUGACAGAAGGAAAGCCAGUUGCCGCUUCGAAUACCUUGGAUGAUAUGGCAAAGAAUCAAUUGUACAUAACGCCCCAGAUUUACAACUGCCUGUGUACCUCUUAUGCUGAUGAGAAGGAAACCCUCAAUAUGCUGUGGGUUCGUGCUAUUGAGAGAGGCCUAAUCAGGAAGAGUGUGUACAAACUGAUGCACCAAGCAAGGCUGGAAUCAACGAAGCUUGCAGUUGAGACUGGGGGAUGUGCUCCUGUUUCAAGGCCAGACUAUCUAGAGGCUACACUUGCAAAGGAAGUAGCUGAACAUAUACUAAGACUUGACAGUGAACAUCAAUCAAAUGUCUUGUGUCUCCUGAAUAAUUGGUGGUGUGAAAGAAAUAGAAUCAGAGAAGGGGAAAGGAAAAGAGAAGGAUGGGAAGUUGCUGCCAUAACAUCUAGACAAGCUGAUGAAAUCAGGAACUUGCAACACAAAGAACACAUGGAACAUCUGGGGGCGGAGGAAGCAGAAGUGGCAGCGCCAGUACCAGGAACUCUAAAGAUUAAUGUAGAUGGAGGUUUUGAUCGAAGAUGCAGCAAGGGAAGCUGGGGUUAUGUUAUUUGCGAUGAGGAAGGCAGUGUGAUUCAAACGGGUGCAGGGAGCCUGGAGCAAAUCUUUGAUCCGAUGCACGCAGAAGUGAGUGGCUGUAUCAAAGGUGUAAGAGCUGCUGUACAAUUGGGAAUUGCACGUAUUUGUCUGGAGACUGACGCCUUGCAGGUGAAAUUGACUACCGCCUGGCCAUUUUGGGAGGCCUCAUCUAUUACACGAUGGCUUUGCUGA